GUAACACUUCUGUCCCUUUAUGACUGCACAGGCAAUGGAACCAAGCACGAAUAUUUGUGAAAUGGGCCUCAAUGAUAGGAGGUCACAGCAUAGGGAAGAUCCUUAUUGCAAACCGAGGAGAAAUCGCCUGCAGGGUGAUGCGAACAGCCAAGAAAAUGGGGGUGAAGUCUGUGGCAGUUUAUAGUGAAGCAGACAGGAAUUCCAUGCACGUAGCAAUGGCGGAUGAAGCAUAUUGCAUUGGUCCACCACCCUCACAGCAGAGUUACUUGGCCAUGGAGAAAAUACUGGAGGUGGCCAAGGUCUCAGCAGCGCAGGCUAUUCAUCCAGGUUAUGGUUUCCUCUCAGAAAACACAGAGUUUGCAGAGCUGUGUAAGCAACAGGGAAUCAUCUUCAUAGGUCCUCCUUCAUCUGCUAUCAGAGAUAUGGGUAUUAAAAGCACUUCCAAAGCUAUAAUGUCUGCUGCUGGCGUUCCUGUUGUUGAAGGUUAUCAUGGAGAAGAUCAAUCUGAUGAGUGUCUAAAGGAACAUGCCAGGAGAAUUGGAUACCCAGUAAUGAUUAAAGCUGUCCGUGGGGGUGGAGGAAAGGGCAUGAGGAUUGCUCAUUCAGAAAAGGAGUUUCUGGACCAACUGGAAUCAGCAAGGAGAGAAGCAAAGAAAUCUUUUAACGAUGAUGCAAUGCUGAUUGAGAAAUUUGUAGAUAAUCCAAGGCAUGUUGAAGUCCAGGUAUUUGGUGACCAGCAUGGCAAUGCUGUGUAUUUGUUUGAAAGAGACUGCAGCGUGCAAAGGAGACAUCAGAAAAUCAUUGAAGAGGCACCAGGGCCAGGAAUUAGUCCAGAGGUUCGAAGGAGACUUGGAGAAGCUGCUGUCAAAGCAGCUAAAGCAGUGAAAUACGUGGGAGCAGGAACUGUGGAAUUUAUUAUGGACUCCCAACAUAAUUUUUACUUCAUGGAGAUGAAUACCAGGCUGCAAGUAGAGCACCCAGUUACAGAGAUGGUCACUGGAACAGACUUGGUGGAAUGGCAGCUCAGGGUUGCAGCAGGAGAGAAGAUUCCUCUAACGCAGGAAGAGAUCCUGCUCCAGGGCCAUGCAUUUGAAGCUAGAAUUUAUGCUGAGGACCCUAAUAAUAACUUUAUGCCAGGAGCUGGGCCACUGUUGCACUUAUCCACCCCUCCAGCAGAUCAUUUCACCAGGAUAGAGACUGGAGUCAGGCAAGGUGAUGAGGUUUCUGUGCAUUAUGACCCCAUGAUUGCAAAGCUGGUUGUUUGGGCUGAGGACCGACAGGCAGCUCUCAGAAGGCUGCGCUACAGUUUGCACCAGUAUAAUAUUGUAGGAUUAAGCACUAAUAUUGAUUUCUUACUGAGCCUGUCGGGACACCCACAGUUUGAGGCUGGAAAUGUGCACACUAACUUCAUUCCCCAACACCAUGAUGAACUAUUUCCAACCAAAAAAGCAGCUCCACAUGAAGUAAUUUGUCAGGCAGCUCUAGGGCUCAUCCUGAAAGAGAAGAUGCUAACAGAUGCCUUUAGAGAUCAGUCAGAUGAUAAAUUCUCACCCUUUGCAUCCAGCACUGGUAGAAGAAUAAAUAUAUGUUACACUAGAAAACUGUCUCUGCUGGAUGGGGAAAAUACUGUGGAUGUAGCAGUAAGUUACAAUCAAGAUGGGUCAUACAAAAUGCAGAUUCAAGAUAAAAUGUUCCUGAUUUCUGGAGAGAUUUUAAAAGAAGAAGGUGAUUCACUUUACUUGAGGUCUUCAGUAAAUGGAACAGUGUCUAAGUCCAAGUUGGUAAUUUUGGACAAUACCAUUUAUCUGUUCUUCCCGGAAGGCAGUGCUCAGAUUGGCCUGCCUGUGCCCAAGUACUUGUCUGCGGCGAGUUCAGGGGCAGAGCAAAGUGGAGCUGUGGCACCCAUGACAGGCACAGUAGAAAAGGUGUUUGUGAAGGCAGGGGAUAAGGUUCAGAUUGGAGACCCUCUAAUGGUUAUGAUAGCUAUGAAAAUGGAGCACACCAUAAGAGCUCCCAAGGCAGGAGUGAUUAAAAAGGUCAACUUUCAAGAAGGUGCCCAGGCCAACAGACAUGCUCCACUUGUUGAAUUUGUGGAUGAAGAGACAGAGUCAAAAUAAAAUUCAAGGAAGGUGCAUUUAAUUUUUUUCUACUUUGCUGAUUUUCUCCCAGAAGAUUUCUUCAUAUUUUCAGCAGACUGUUUUGUAUGAAUGGGAGAUUGGUUUCCUCUGCAUUUCCUGCAUAGUUUAACUGUAAAUUGUGCUGACUUCACUGAAAUUUGGGUAUCACUAUACUGUAAUUGUAUUUAUAACUUGUGGACCUAUGUGAUAGUUGUCCAGUGGUUGGUUGCCCGUGGAAAGGCAUUAGACUGGAAGAACAUGUGAAACUGAAAGGAUCAGAGAGGUUAAUAAGGACUACAAGGUACAGGACAGGUUGAGUUCUUUUGCCUAUUUAUUCACAGCUGCCUUUUUUCCCUUUUAAUAUGUCAGGAUUGAUUUGAAGGAAAUCUGUAAGACAGUUGUUCUAUUUUCUGGCAAAAUUCCUGUUUGUGGCUUAUGUUUUUGCCUUAUUAAGGAAUUUAGGAUUGUUCCUUAGCCCAAAAUUCCUCUCAGUAUUUCUGGUGCAUCUCUUUUUUCCUGUUUACCUCAAUAAGUUGUGAAAAUUUGCAUUUCAAAAAUUAUUUUAAUAUACCUCAAAAUAAUCUGAUACAAAGCAUUUUUCAAAUACAUUAGCUACAUUAAUCAAAGCAAAAUGUAACUGCUUUCCAAAAAUACCAUUUUAACUUUAAACAUGAAAUAGUAGCAUAGAAAGAUAAACUUAUUUAAUACUUAGUGUGCCAAAAUAGAAUACUGACUUAAAAAUCUUGAUUACUGUUACCAUAUUGUUCAUGUUCUAGUGUAUUAUUGGCUGGAAUGAAGUACACUACGGUCUUUAUAACAACCUGAAGUGUUACUAAGAAUAAUAGAUUUUUUUUUUGUAUCUGUAGGGUUUCAGAAAGGAAAAUUGGUAGGUUUUUGGAUAUGCAAAGAAAAAGCAUUCUCAAACUAAGCAUACUCAUCAUUUGCCAUGAAUUUCUUUUAACUUAUUUAACCAGUACCUUAGCGAAAGAAGGGAAAGAAAACAUGUUUUAAUUGUUGCACACUUUGAAAGUCUUCUCGUCUUUCAGUUAAUGUGAAGUUCUGUUAUCAUGUGAAGUUUUGAUAUGCUAGUUUAAUUCAAUAAUCUGUUUUAUACUGCAGAAAGGAAAAAUCAGAUGCUGCAGUGCUCCCAAAUCUGCAGUUCAAUCUGUGCAAAUGGACCCUUACCUGAAAUCUCAUUUCUGAAUCCAUAUGCAGUAUCAUGGGGAAUUCUCUGAUCUGCUUUUAUAAUUGUGCAGCCUUGUCUGCAAUGCAGAAAAAAAGUGGUAAAAAAGCAAUGGCUCUGGAUGAUCAGUAUAUUAAAAGCAUAUUUUAAUACUUUUCAAUAUUCUUUCCAAUCAUAUGGUCACCUAGCAAAUAAUUAAACUCCAGUGGUCAUUUUGUAGAAUAUUGCCACGGUGAUUUUUCUUUACUGCCAAAUAAAAAUUAAGCAUAAC